AUGGCAGUCGCUCAUGAACAUCAGAACAACGAAGAGGAAGCAUUGAGGUCCUGGAGAUCCGCCCUCGAGACAAUUUACCAUCAUAAUGCCCGUCGCGUGCCGUCGAACUAUACCCCAAAGUCGGAAACCGAGAGGGCCUUGCAGGAUUCCAUUCGUGCGCUAGAGGUCCAAUGCAGCGAUCGAGUCAACCUACUAGAGGCCCUGCGCGAGAGCAGGAAGGAGUCUGCCGAGGCAAAUGGCAACAGCAAAGAGCCCACGACACUGAUCAAGGGCAAGUUUGCCGCCAACUUGCGCCGCUCGUCGUCGUCCAAUAGUCACCCCGGCUGGAUUGGAGACGGUACUAUCCCCGCCUUCGGCUACACCGACCUUUCCAAACCGGCUGCCAUACCAGGCCGCCCGGCCGCUCCGCCGAUGGCGAAGCAGAAUCCCGAGUCGCUGUCGCUCCUUGAUGAUGCUCAUGUACUGGACUCGCCUACGCUGCGAGUCAACUCGAAUUCCUCGGAGAAGACCAAGUCUCGCGGGUCUAGUCCGGAGCGGCGCAAAACUAUGUUGACGACGCUGCGCAGCACGGAUGGAAAGAAGAACGGCAAGAAGUCCAAGAUCAGCACCAAGAAGAAGGAGAAGGAGUCGCGGCCGGCCGCCUCCACAGCAGCAGGCAUGGCAUGGGGGAGUAUCUAUCGGGCUCCCUCAAGCGAGAAGACCUUGACUAAUGGGACGCUGGCCCCAUCUCGCCAGAUGGCAGCCGGCGACCGUAGCGUUCGCCGUGAGCCAGAGCCAAGGUCUAGUUCUGGGGAUGAACCUUCGUCGGCGAGGAGUCGUCCGCGAAGAGAUUCUCCAGCGGAUCGGAUUUCACCCGCAGAUUGGCGAGAGCCUCAUCCAUCAUUACCGAGUAGACCUUCUCCCAGGACUUCUGCUCAGCCAUCUCCACGAAAGCUUCAACCUCCCUCUGAAAGCUACCGGCCUCUUCCUUCAGGCUCGGUGGUCCAGCCGGAUCCAAAGGACUUUACACCCACACCUACCCCUUCGCCUGUUUCCAAACCAUCUGUAAAGCCUAAGCCUGUUGGGCUGAGGUCUUCACUUCAACCCCCAUCUCAAGUACCACAAGCUACCAGAUCAGAAGGCAGCCUCCGAGCAACAUCGCCCCGGCAGGAUCGGGACGGGGAUGUUUCGGGUAGCAAGCCGCGGACAAAUUUCAGCGGCGAAUACGAACGGCAGCAACGCUUUGCGACGCAAGCCACCCCCGGUCAAGCGGCGCGAGACCCCCCGUCAAGUGACCAGGAGUCUUGGGAGCAGCGAUCAUCGGAAGGUGAAGCUGCGGAUGAGGAUGAUGAGGACGAUAACAACGAUCUCACCAAGAUCUUGAGCAAGCUUCCCAAAGGUGUGGACCUCCAGUCAGCACGACAGAUUUUAAACGACAUCGUCGUGCGCGGCGACGAAGUACACUGGGAUGAUAUCGCCGGACUAGACGGAGCCAAGAAAGCCCUGAAGGAAGCUGUGGUAUACCCAUUCCUCCGCCCCGACCUAUUCUCAGGUCUCCGCGAGCCAGCGCGCGGCAUGCUCCUCUUCGGUCCCCCAGGCACAGGCAAAACCAUGCUCGCCCGUGGCGUAGCCACAGAGUCUAAAUCAACCUUCUUCUCCGUCUCUUCGUCCAGCCUCACAUCCAAAUGGCACGGCGAAAGCGAAAAGCUCGUGCGCGCUCUAUUCGGGCUCGCCAAGGUGCUCGCGCCAUCCAUCAUCUUCGUCGACGAGAUCGACUCCCUGCUCUCCGCACGGUCCUCCGGCUCCGAGAACGAGGCAUCUCGCCGGUCGAAGACAGAGUUCUUGAUCCAGUGGUCUGAUCUUCAGCGAGCUGCGGCGGGCCGCGAACAGACCGCCCGCGAUAGAAAGGAAGGUGAUGCGAGUCGUGUUCUUGUCCUGGCGGCUACGAACCUGCCCUGGGAUAUUGACGAGGCGGCGCGGCGCCGCUUCGUGCGGAGGCAGUAUAUCCCCCUGCCAGAGCACCAUGUUCGCGAGCAGCAGUUGCGCAAGCUGCUGAGCCACCAGCACCAUGAGCUGAGCGAUGCGGAUAUCCAGGUUCUGGUCCAUGUAACAGAAGGCUUUUCAGGCUCUGACAUCACAGCUCUCGCCAAAGACGCCGCCAUGGGCCCCCUCCGCAAUCUCGGCGAAGCGCUCCUCCAUACGCCCAUGGACCAGAUCCGACCCAUCAAGUUCCAGGACUUUGAAGCCAGUUUGUACUCUAUCAGACCCAGUGUCUCGCCGGAUGGGCUGCGCAGGUAUGAGGAGUGGGCGAGAGAGUUUGGUGAGCGAGGUGGCUAG